AUUCGAUGAUUUCCUCACUUCUCUGUUUACAGUACUAAUAGGCACUGCUAUAUAUACAAGAACACCUAAACCCCCAGCCCAGCUCAAAGACAUAUUUAAAGGACAGCAAACUAGUUUCCCCGAGGCAAGAUGACAACUUGGAUGGGUUUUUGCUUCCUGUUCCUGAUUGCUCUGUCUGCAGAGAGGGGACUAUCCACACAGGAGGAGACAGAAACCAGCUGCUGUGCACAGCUGAAAGGCUUAGCACAAUGUGGGAAUGACAAGAUUGUUCUCCAGGGCCAGGCAGGAAUACCUGGAAUUCCAGGUGUGCCAGGAACAAAUGGUCUUCCUGGAGCCAGGGGUGAGCCAGGACCUCAAGGCCCCCCAGGUGAAAAGGGCUCUGCUGGGAUACCUGGAAAAGCUGGACCAAAGGGAGACAAAGGAGACAAAGGAAACAAUGGGGAACCCUGCCGCUUAGAAGGCUGUCAGCGGGAAGAGGGAAGAGCCAGAAACUGCAAGGAGCUCCAUGAACAAGGAGAGACUCUCACUGGCUGGUACACCAUCUAUCCAAUCCCAGGGAAAGUGAUGGUGGUUUUCUGUGACAUGGAAGUAGAUGGAGGGGGCUGGUUGGUAAGUAACAGAUCUUAGAGAGAUGUUUGCUUCCAACA